UCAAAAGUUGAGUAGUGAGUAGUCACAAGAAUCCAUCCAUCCACCCACCCACCGUUUUUUCUCCCUCGUGCCUUUAUUGUUUCUGAGUUUUCAUUUUGCUGUUGUUGCGUGCGGUCCCAUUCUUUGUUUUGCAUUUGUCUUCUUUAACUUGUCACUCUCUCUCUCUCUCUCUAAUGGCUUCAUUUUCUAUCACCUCCUCGCCUCCCACCCUUCACAAAGCCACUAUCACCGACCCUUCUUCUUCUUCUUCCCACGCCUUCCCUCACCGUUCUCCCUUCGUUUUACGCAUGCCCCACCAACCCCAUCGCCCUCAAACUCCUCUUGUUUUGCCCAAGAUUCAAUCUUUGCGCAACGAAACUAGAGCUAUUCCAGUUACCAAAGACCUGUGGGAUAAUUCAAUUCUGAAAAGUGAAAUCCCAGUCCUUGUUAUAUUCUAUGCAAAUUGGUGCGGCCCGUGCAGGAUGGUUCACCGGAUAAUAGAUGAGAUCGCAACAGAGUAUGCUGGGAAACUCAAAUGUUUUAUAGUCAACACAGACACUGACAUGCAAAUUGCUGAGGACUAUGAAAUUAAGGCUGUACCAGUGGUUUUGAUGUUUAAAAAUGGCAAGAAAUGUGAUUCUGUAAUUGGUACCAUGCCAAAGGAGUUUUAUGUGGCUGCUAUAGAGGGGGUGCUCAAGCCCUAAUCAUGGAUCAGUGCAGGCAUUGAUGAGUUCUUGUACAUAUUUUGUUUCCUUUUUUCCCAUAAUAGGCAUGGUCAAGUGAGACUGCUUCUUUCGUAAUGAAUGUUCCACUUUCAAUAGCUAUAUUUCCUAGGGAAAAUCUUCUUCAGCUAUAGAGAAUAUCAUAGUUGAAAUUUAAGUGUUCCUUUGGUACUUGAUUCGAACAGUUGUUAUUCGGAAGCUAAGAUUUGAUUUACCUUGUGCUUGUUUCCCUUGUUAAACCGUUGUUCUAUUUUUUGUGACCUA